AUGAGCAGGCGUCGCAGUCGAAAUGAUGGUGAUUUACUCACAUUGGAACACUCCGGCACAUAUGGUGCUGAGCCGUAUGAGAUUUCCGGCACAUCAACAAAGUUUUGGUAUCAGCGAUAUAAGGAGGGUGAAGGUGAAGAUGAGUGGGCUCCCUUUUGCGAUAAGGAAGAAUGGGGUCUUGCAGAGUGGCUUGUUAAAAGCCUCGGCCAGACUCGAACGGAUGAAUUUCUGAAGUUACCGAUAACACAAAACUGCACAAAACCUUCAUUCCACAACAAUCGAUUAUUCCUACAGAAGGUUGAUGAGCUGCUGCAUGGACCUGCCUGGAGUUGCAAGAAGUCACUGCAUGAGGAUGUUGAGCUUUGGAUGCGUGACCUUGUAGAGUGCAUCAAAGAUCUCAUCGGAAAUCCUUUAUUCAAGGAACAUAUGGACGAAGCAGGCAGUCAGCAGCUCAUUGAUGAUAUGUGGACGGCUGAUUGGUGGUGGGACAAGCAAAAAGAACUGCCUGAAGGAGCCACCAUAGCUCCCAUCAUUCUGGCUUCCGACAAGACAAUGUACCUACCAGCCACAAAGCUCGACUGCUUCACCUCCGAUGCAUGUUCCCUCGCUGGAUACCGACUAUUCCAUCACUGUGUGUCCCUGCUGCUGGAGCCCCUCAUCGCGGCUGGUGAGGAUGGCAUAGACAUGGUUUGUGCUGACUCAUUCAUUCGACGAGUAUACCAUAUACUUGCUGCCUAUUGCCUGAUCUCUUGCUGUAAAGAGAACCAUUGCCCUAAAUGUUUGGUUGCAGCCAAUGAACAGGGAAACCCACUAAAUUCAUUGAUGCAAGAUGUGGAGUUGACAAGGGAGAUACUGGAGAGAUGGAGGAGUGGUCAGCACCCUGUAGAAUUUGAUGAGUAUGGGCUGCGUGCUGUGUACAAACCUUUCUGGGCAAACUUACCGCACACCAACAUUUUUAUGGCGUUCACGCCAGAUCUCCUCCACCAACUGCACAAGGGGGUCUUCAAAGACCAUCUUGUCAAAUGGUGUCUCGACAUUAAGGGGAUAUCCAACAUCAAACAAUGGACAGGAACCGAGCAUAAAGAGAUGCAACACGUUUUCAUGGCGCUAAUUACCGGUGCAGUCCCAAGUCAAGUUGCCAUCGUCACACGGUCCAUACUGGAUUUUUGCUAUUAUGCACAACUUCAUACACAUAUGAGCAAAUCCCUGGACGUAUUUCACGCAAACAAGGAUGUUUUAAAGGAACUCGGAGUGCGCGAACAUUUCAAUAUUCCGAAGUUGCAUCAAUUGUCUCACUACGUUCAGUCAAUCAAAUUGUUUGGUGCUGCUGAUAGAUUCAACACUGAACUCCCCGAGCGCCUACACAUCGACUUCACUAAAGACACUUACCAUGCAAGUAACAAGUGUGACUACGAGGAACAAAUGGUAUUAUGGCUUCAACGCCAGGAAGCAAUCUUCUGGCGGACCUCUUACCUCGAAUGGAUGGCCAAAUGUUCCACUCAGACAGAACCUGAAUGUGAGUAUAACUCUGACUCUGAUGCUGAGAAUGAAGACUUCGAUGUGGUGCCUGUUGUUUCACAAGAUAUAGUUCAUGUUCUAGCAAAGACACCUCCACACCCUCGGCAAUCUGUUCAACAUCUUGAAACCAUCCAUGGCACCAUCAAUUUUCUACCUGCUUUCAAGUCAUUUUUACAGAAGCAUUUCCCACACAAUCACAUCAUGCCCAGUUAUCAAGAUCAUUUUGAUGUUUUCCGACAAGUCGUCAUCAUCCUCCCCCCUGACCCUUGUGUAUCCGAGUCUCCCAAGUGCCUGCGGGUCCGCGCAAUAUUUACACUGCCUCAUCAAUUUGGCGUGUACUCGCGACCCCUUGCCUACAUUGAAUGGUUCACGCCAUUCAGAGAGGCAGACCAGACAACUGGUCUGCGUCAAGUCUCACGUUCAACUCGUUGCUUGCGCCGGAAUGGGGCCAUGAUACAUGUUGACGAAAUUAUUCGUCCAUGUCACCUAAUACCAAAGAUGGGUCAAUCGGUCAAUCCUAUGUGGACGAGCGCGAACAUGUAUGAGUUGGCAAGUGAAUUUUACUUGAAUACAUUCAUCAACCUUGAGACUUUUUCGCUUGAGGCCACCAUCUGCAGGCAGGACGCUCAAGUAGCACACAAGGACAUUGGGAGGAGAAGGGAGAAAUGA